AACCCGCUAGGAUCACAAACUCACAGGUCACACACACACACACAGAGCCAAACCCUCGAAAAAAACUCCGUUCCGUCUCCUCUGUUUCUUCUUUUGCUGCGGUGAAAUUGAUUAUCUUUCUGCGGAGAAAUGGCGAUGGCAGGACGUAUCAGAUCGACUCUUCCUCUCCUGAACAAGAUUUUGAGAUCUGAUUCAAUCUCCACUCAUGGAUCCAUCAUUCGACCAACCCUCCUUUCCCCACAGAUCUCCAAGAAUUAUGCUACUGCUCCCACAAAAAAAGAAGACAAAGUUAAGGUGCCUCUGGUUUUGUUUGGGGGAUCUGGAAACUAUGCCUCCGCAUUGUACCUUGCAGCAGUAAAGUCAAAUUCUCUGGACAAGGUUGAGUCUGAAAUACUUGACCUUGUUGAGUCUUUAAAGAAAAGUCCAACAUUUUCUCAGUUUGCAAAGGAUUUGUCAGUACCUGCUGAUACUAGGGUCAAGGCUGUUAAGGAGAUUUCUACCCAAGCUAAAUUUUCAGACGUUACCAAGAAUUUCCUGGUUUUGUUGGCUGAGAAUGGGAGGCUAAGGUUCAUAGACACCAUUGCGAAGAGAUUUGCUGAGUUGACCAUGGCCCAUAAGGGAGAAGUGAAAGCCAUUGUUACAACCGUCAUUCCCCUUCCCCCUCAGGAGGAGAAAGAAUUGAAGGAGACCUUGCAAGAAAUUCUUGGACAAGGGAAGAAGGUUCAGUUGGAGCAGAAGAUUGAUCCAAGUAUUCUUGGUGGGAUCACAGUAGAGUUUGAUAAGAAGGUGUUUGACCUGUCCAUUAAGACGAGGGCACAGCAGAUGGAACGGUUCUUGCGUGAGCCAGUCCAACUGGGAAACCUCUGAACAUCAACUCACCUUUCCUUGUGUUCUCAUGUGGCAAGUGGGAUGCUCCAACUGGAAGGUUCAGUAUUUAAGUUUUUGUUUUGUUCUUUGGCUGUAACUUGCCUUUUCAUUUGAUGGAAAGCAUCUUUUGCAAAUAAAAGAAAACAUGCUCCUGCCUUCUUGUUUGGGUACUUGUGGCUACGGCCUUCAAGUUUCAAGCUCAUAAUUGUUCAAGUACUGAUAUACUUCUUGGCUUGCAAGCAAGCAAGCAUGAGUAGAGAUUUUUGUUGUGUUUUCAUGGACAGCUAGGUGUUUGUUGAGAGAUAACGCAUUUUGAAACAUUGGAGUAGCUUGAGAGUUUCCCAUCCUGUAUCCACUUUUUCCAGCCCAGAAAAUGGCGGCAGUCCUUAUCAUUUCAGUAACCAGAAUAUUCAUGUGCCGCCAUAUAUUUUUAUUUAUUUAUUUGUUUAUAGAACUGAGUAAGACUCCCAUGUAAUGUUGAUUUGUAUUUUUCUAUGAUACAUGAUUAAUGUUGUCCGUGGCUUCUUCUUAAUUUGCCAUGUAUAUAGUGAUCAAAAGCUAGCACUAGCCAUUAGGUAAGGAAAGGGAAAUAUAUGAAAGUGAAAGAU